AUGCACGUCCUUCUACUCGGCGGCCACGGCAAAGUCGCCCUCCAUCUAACACCGCUCCUCCUCAACCGAGCCUGGAACGUCACCAGCGUGAUUCGCAACCCGGAACACGAAAACGAGAUCCUAGAGCUAGGCAAAGGUCUCCGGGGCAACUUGAACGUGCUAGUCUCAAGUCUCGACGAAGUAAAGAGUGUCUCCGACGCCGAAAAAAUCCUCCACGCCGUUUCACCAGACUAUGUCGUCUGGUCGGCCGGCGCCGGCGGCAAAGGCGGUCCAGCCCGCACAAUCGCCAUCGACCAAGAAGCCGCAAAGCACUUCAUAACCGCAUCCUUCGCCGCACCAGGUGUGAGCAAAUUCCUCAUGGUAUCCUACCUUGGCAGCCGGAAGAAGCAGCCGAGCUGGAUGCCUGAUGAUCAGUGGGCUGGGGUGGUCAAGACGAACACGGAGAUACUGCCAACGUACGCGCAAGCCAAGCAGGAAGCCGACGAGUAUAUGACGGCGCUUGCGGCGAAGCGCAAGCUUGAUGGAGGUCGUCCGUUCCAGGCUAUUAACCUGCGGCCUGGGAUUUUGACUGAGCAGCCUGCGACGCGGAAGGUGGAGUUGGGGAUUACGGGUAAGGGUCGGGGCAGUGUGACGAGGGAGGACGUGGCUAUUGUGGCGGAUAAGUUACUUGCUCGGGCUGAUACGGAAGGAUGGAUUGAUCUUGUUAAUGGGGAGGAGGGGGUCGAGGAGGCUGUUGAGCGGGUUGCGAGGGAGAAGGUUGAUGCUGUUGUUGGGGAGGAUGUUGAGGGGAUGGUGAAGAGGUUCUUUCCUUGA